GUGGACUUUUCAUGAGGAACACUGUUCAGGAGCACAGUGCAUUUCGAUUUGCUGUGCAGUUAUACAACACAAACCAAAAUACCACAGAAAAGCCCUUCCAUUUGAACUAUCAUGUAGAUCACUUGGACUCUUCAAACAGUUUUUCAGUGACAAAUGCUU